GUACAACGUAAACAUUGAUCUGGACUGAAGUCGAAAACAUUUUUUAAACACAUAAUGUCAUUUACUCAAAGAUCAAGUGGUCUUGAAACUGCCACUGUACAGAGUGCUGGGGCUGAUGGGGGCGUGGAAGAACGAGACGAUGAGGGGUAUACCCUGGAUGAAGAGGAAGACCACAAUUCAAAAGAAACAAGAUUGACUUUAAUGGAGGAAAUUCUUUUACUAGGACUCAAGGAUAGGGAGGGGUACACAUCAUUUUGGAAUGACUGCAUUUCUUCAGGUUUACGAGGUUGCAUAUUAAUAGAACUUGCUCUGCGAGGAAGACUUGAACUUGAAAAAGUAGGCAUGCCUAGAAGAAGUCUCCUAAAACGAAAAGUCCUCUUAAAAUCAUCCAAUCCAACAGGAGAUGUAUUACUGGAUGAAACACUGAAGCAUAUAAAAGAGACAUCGCCACCAGAAACUGUUCAAAGUUGGAUAGAAUACCUCAGUGGUGAAACAUGGAAUCCUCUUAAACUAAGGUACCAACUGAGAAACGUUCGUGAAAGAUUGGCCAAGAAUUUAGUGGAGAAAGGCAUAUGUACAACAGAAAAACAGAACUUUUUAUUAUUUGACAUGACAACACAUCCACUUACUGAUGGUGGCAUCAAGCAAAAACUUAUCAAAAAAGUCCAAGAAUCUGUGCUCAGUCGCUGGACGAAUAAUCCCCAGAAAAUGGACAAAAGAAUGCUCUCCCUUAUUUAUCUGGCUCACGCUUCGGAUGUUUUAGAAAACGCCUUUGCUCCAUUAUCUGAUGACGACUAUGAAGUGGCGAUGAAGCGCGUUCGGGAGUUAUUGGACCUUGAAUUUGAUGCCGAGAGCAUGAAAGAGGGGGCAAAUGAACUCAUGUGGGCAGUGAUAGCAGCUUUUAGCAAAUAGGUGGGGAAAUGUCAUGUGGGGGGAAAAAAUUGGGACAAUUAUGUUAUUUAAAGAUACACAAAUAUGUAAGUUGAUGAGGAUUAUUUUUUGUUUUUGUUUGUUGUAAAUACAUUUCAGGACCAUAACAUGAUAAAUUUUGACAGAAUUUUUCCAUUAGGGUGCAAGUAAAACUUGUGUAUAAUUUUCUGUCAAGACUUUUUAAUGAAACUGCAGACUCAACUUCAAUUAAAAAACAAAUAAUUUAGCCACAACUCAGAUUUUUUAAAUGUUUUAAUGAAUUCUCUGUUGAAAUACACACAUUAUUAAAACGUAAAGUAAAAUAUAGAAAUGAAAAUUUCUUUAAAUAAGAAAGCUACAAUAUCCAUUGGACUAUCAGAUAAAUAUGUGCUGCUUUGCGGUUAAUACCAUUUGUGUAGCCACUUCUUUUUAUGCAGUGAGUAGUUUGCACGCAUAUAUAAAGCUUUUUAUGAUAUAAAUUGAUUAAUCACACAGGGUUCAUAUGUGAACAUGUGUAUGCAUCACACACUGACAUUCCUGCUGAGUUAGAUAAUUGUUGAAUAAUUCUUUACAAUAUAAAAUCCAUUCUUGCAUCCAUUAUUUGUAAUAAAUUGAGGAAACCAGUUAUAGAAUGCUUAAAUAGUGUACACCUCUUCUGGAGGUAAAGUUUAUCUCCAGGAUUCAUACAUGUAGUGUUAAAAAUUGGAAAUUAAAAUUCUAAUGCAUUACAAUUGAGUUUGAUGCAAGUGACAGAUGCAUUGUGAUCACCCCAGUUUUACAUUGUGAUUUAAAUAUGAGUGGUAGUAUUGUGGUAUAGUUAAAUGUAUCUUGGAUUUUGCAGCAGUUUUUGGUUGCAUGGCAUUUAUGUUUUGUUUUUUGUUUGUUUGUUUUUUUUUUGAAAUUGCCACAAAAAAAGAAAUAUUCCACUGUAAAUCUGAAGGAAUAUAAAGAAUCAAGAGGUUAGAAUAUUUUUUUUUUGAAAUAUUGAGAAAUUGGGGGUCGGGGUGGGGUACAUUUUUUUUUAGAUAUGAGUCAUUUAGGUCAUUUGCAACAUACAUGUACUUUACAGGGUUCCUUUCUCAAUAAUUUUACAAGAAAUUCUUAUUUUCAAAUUAUCAAAUGGUAUUAGACCAAAAGAAAAAUUAGAAUACUUUUAUACCAGUUAAUUUGAACAGAUACUAAAC